AUGGACUUGCAAGUGCACCGUAUCAUCAGUUUUACGGAAGAUGUCGCUGUCGGCCUGAGGCAGUUUCGUGAACAGCUUCCUGAGCAUAGUGCAGAAAUAACCAAUGUUAUUGCCGAGCUAUAUGCCAUCAGUGCUACCCUGACAAGUCUGGAAGGGCUCACGCGACAGUUUCCUCGUAAUUUUGGGCCUGUUAAAGCGGAUUUCGAACGAGUGCUUGUCAGCUUACGGUAUACCCUGAAUGAGAUUAUCAACUCUUUUGGAAAACUUGAUCGGAGACGCAUGGCAGACAACUAUCGCCAGAUAUGGCAUGAUCUGAUUGUCUACUUUCAUGAAGAAAGUGGCUAUUCAUUGAAAAGACGUUUAAACAAAUACAAACUAUUCUUGCACGAAUUGCAGGAUGUAGUACAAAAUAAGACCAUAGACUAUCGCUUCAUGUCUAACUUGCAAAAAAGCAUUUUGGCGGUUCUUGAGGAGCAGGAUAGUCGCUUUGCCGCACGUUUGGCCGGUCUCUCGCUCGGCCGACCAGGAUCGUCAACCAGCAGCAGCAAUUUUUCGGGCAACUCCCUGGAGGUGGAAGGUCAUGGCAUUGAGAAGCGUCGGUCCUAUGAGAGGACGAGAUCUGGGUUUCGACCCCAUCCAUCGCCAUUGCACUCUCCGACGUCGACCAACGACAGCGCUCCUCCAUGGGCUCCUGAUGUGCCAGGCUCACCAAUCUCGACGUCUACGACGACUCAAUCAAACUUAUCGUCAGCUGUAUUGAAUGACCACUGGGCAAAGGAUGUGUUUUCGUACAGAGGUCCGCUGAUGAAAUUCCCUGUCAUUGGCGACAAUUCCAAUUGCCUCGGAGAAGAGGUACAAGACAUAAAGGAAUGGCUCCAUGAGCAGGGCUUCGAUGAAGUUGCAUACUUGGCAUUUGACGAAGAUGUUUCGGUCUACUUUUAUGUCAGGGAGGACGAUAAUCGAGCACGAAUUCUGUGCAAAUCACGAAGAAGUAGGCGAGCUAAAUUCUACUGUCUUCCACUGAAUAUGUUGGAAGUGAGACGUGUCGGACCAUGUCUACAGCUCUGUCGUCGGCGACGGUCAGGAACAGAGCUUGUCCCAUGGUUGAAUCUACAUUUUGAGAGUGUUGAAAAGAUGGUGUUGUUUUUCUGCACCUUCGUUGCCCUACGAUCUCAAGAUGGACAUAAACGUAUUCAAGAUAUUCGUGACUAUGAGCUCGAAGCUGAGAAAGAGCUGUUCGGCGGGCUUAUUGAUGACGAUGGUUUCACCCAUGCCUUGCGUGUAUACCGAGACCGUAUCUCAGGAGCUAUACGACUACAAGCAUCUGUGCAUGAAGGUGAUAUGAAGAGAGCACCCGUGUGGACAGCCUUCAUAACGCAUCAUAUUGAUUCGCCCCAUUGGGUUCGACGCGCAAACGCCAGAGUAUUUCUGCGAGAGGCAAAGAGGGUUAUAUUCUUUCCAGAGUAUUCGCCUCCAAGGAAUAACCGUGGGGAGCACAUUUUGCACUUUACUUCCGAGGAUGACGCCAAGGAUUUCGUGGACGUAAUUGAACGACUUUCAAUCACUGACUAA